AUGGUGAACAGCAAACUUGCCUCUGAGUACGACUCCAAACAUGAGAAAACGAUCCUGCAGCUUGAGCGUGAAAUCCGCAAGCGCAAGGAGUUCAUCGACGUAGAGUGGGUUGACGACGAUGACGACGACGAAGACGAUGAUGAAGGUGAAACUAGUGUGGAAGCCGGUCCAGAAACAACCUCGGCUGCCGACAGCAAGUCGGUGAGACUACUCGAUUAUGCCUGUGGCACUGGCUUGAUAUCAAGAGCUCUCGCCCAGUUCACCACGCGCUGCGUUGGCAUUGACAUCUCAGAAAACAUGGUGGCAGUUUACAACGCCAGAGCCGAGAACCAAGGUCUGAGCGCCGCCGAAAUGCGAGCGUACCAGGGAGACCUUACUGACCCUUCCGACCCGGACCCGGCGGCCUUCUCUGGUGCCGAGUUCCGCGAUUUCGACGUCGCGGGCGUUGGGCUUGGGUUCCACCAUUUCGACGACCCAAAGUUGUCUGCGAAGAGGCUCGUCGAAAGGCUGCGGCCCGGCGGGGUGCUGAUCAUUCUCGAUUUCCUGCCACACGAGAAGAUGCACCAUGGUCUGCCGGCGGCGCACACUGUUAAGCACCAUGGUUUCUCCGAGGAGGAGAUGCGUGGCAUCUUUGAGCAGGCUGGAGCGGGUCUUGACUUUGCCAUGGAGGAGCUGGGCAGCGGUAUUGUCUUUGGUGGACAUGGACAUGGACAUGGACAUGGACAUGAUCAUGGGCAUGGGCAUGAGGACGGGCAUGGUCAUGACCACGAUCAUGGUCACACUCAUGAGGCAUCAAAGAGCGGCAAUGAGAUGAGACGGCGGGUGUUCCUCGCACGAGGAACGAAGGCUUAA